AUACUUUGCCCAUGGUGACUGCCAGUUUGGUGUGAGUUGCCCAUAUGUGCAUGGUGAUAUCUGUGAUAUGUGUGGGAUGCCCAGGUUGCACCCAACUGACCAACAACAGAGGUCACAGCAUGAAAAGGUAUUACUUUCCUGUUGGUCAACAAUACAGAAGAUAAUUGAUAUGCAUGAAAUAUAAAAAUAAUUUUCUCAAAUUACCAUGUAUUUGCCAUUAUGUUGAUACUUAUAAUUCCUUUAACAUGUAACAUAAACUUAAUGAAAUUAAUCUUCUUAUAUAGGAAUGUCUAGCUCAACAUGAGAAAGACAUGGAGCUGGCAUUCACCAUUCAAGCCAGUAAAGACAAAGAGUGUGGAAUUUGUCUGGACAAUAUACUGGACAAAGACACCCACGGCCAAGACAAAAGGUUUGGUAUUCUUGAGAACUGCAACCAUUGUUUUUGCCUGGACUGUAUUCGUCAGUGGAGGAAUAAUAAGAGUGUAACCAUUGAAACUCACAGGUCAGUUUGAGAAAUUAAUGCUAAUGAUAAAACUAAAAGCAUGUUCAAGUAUUGAUGUUACUGACUGGGGAACAACCAUAAUAAGUAGAGACAGUGUAGGAUUCAUAUCCCGGAUUUAAUAAAUGUAUUCACCUGAGGAGUCUUUUAAUGUUUUUUUUUAAAGUAAUUUUUAAUCUCUUAAGAAAAUAUCAAAUUGUACAUUGAAAUGAAAUAUGAUUUUUUUGGGGACAUAUAAAACAUUUUCAUACAUUGAAUUGAGUUUUCACCAUGAAUAUAGUUGUUUUUUUUCCCAGGUCAUGCCCCACCUGCCGCACUCAUUCUGAUUUUGUG